CUGAACUACGAGCCCAAAUGCAACUGUAUGCAAGACACAUCGAUUUCGAUCCCCAUCAGCAUUUCUGCGUGUGAUGUUUCUCAUGGCGCCGUCCUCUAUCCGGUUCAACCAGGUAAACAGCAGAAACAGGAUCCAAUUCAGUCAUCAAGCCCCACCUUAACGAUCCCUCAUUCUCUUACUUACAACUUUUUGGGAAGUUGUGUCAAAGGAGAAGAUUGCAACAACUAUACCAUAGGGAAGUGCAUCUGCAUAUGCAUAUAAGAAUUCAUGCGUGAUAAAAAGUACAAGUAGAGGAACCUCGACGUUUAUUUGCAUCGUACAGGAAAUUCCAAUUCUACUUGCUUGGUGUGCAACAACGGAUUAAAUCAUACAUACACAUACUAUCCAUUCAAUUCAUCUACAUACAGACUUAAGUUGUACUUCAUCAGCAGGGUUGGAAGCUUUACAGCUAGGUUUCCGAUUUUUUAUUCAAUCCGAAACGACAAAAAUGGUCGGACGUAUCCAGUGCUGCAAUGUGGUUGUUUUUGCCACACUGUUGGGUCACGCGAGGAGCAUGGUCGAGCACCCGAACAAGACCACCCCCGACGUGAGUCCCAGCACCGCCCGAGGCGCUUUCGGUGAUAGCAACAACUUGCAAACAAUCACGGAGUUUUUGAAGAGAUAUGACCCGGAAAAUGCACAAGAAAUCCUGACGCAGUCCUUUGUGGGCGCCAUGAGCCCCAUGCCGAUGCCACGUGGUGGUGAAGCGAGUGAAACUCGUGUUCUACGAGACGCUCUCGUUGGGGACCACUAUCCGGUUUCUGAGGUGGGUCUUGGUGAUCUUGAUUCUAUGCGCGCUCAGACGAUCGCGGAACCGGCCGCGGAACUGGAAAAGACCGACCAGCGCCCAAUCGCGCGAGCCGACAGCGCGUCCUCAUGCACAGCAGCACCCCGGCUGCCGUGGCUGCCGCCCCGGAGCGAAAGCAGCAAGCGUUUGCGUUGGGAACCGCCGUCGUCAACCGGGAGCCUUUUGUACGGCAGCCCGGUCGAGGGAGUGGCAAACCAAGCUCGUGCCGAGCAGCAGUCUGCACGCCAGAGACUUGAUUUUGAUGCCGACGAACCUGAAACGACGUCGUCUUCUCCCGACGGACGACAGGUCCCCAACCGGCGUCUCGCGUGGGCCGCACCUGGAGCCCUCCAGCAGCGUGCGCAGCCGCCGGCGGCACAGCCGACGCUGCAGCAGCUACGCCGAGAGCGUGAAAGCCGAAGAAGCACAAGUACGCCAGCAGGGGGAGCACAUGCACAACAGCCCUCUGCGACUGGAGCUGCUCCAGCAGUCCAGAGGCCACAGAUUCCGCCGACCUUUCAAGCUGGCUACGGAAGUAAUCCUUUUCAGACCACACAGACUCUCGGCAGUUUUCCGCUACCGCAGCAGUCGCAGCCGGCCCCCGCCGUGUACGAGCAGCGCUACAGGACCCCAGAACAGCUCGACGAAGAACUGGCGCGGGAGCCCCCGGUACCAGCACCCAUGCCGACGCCAGACACGACAACCAGCGAUGAUCAGGAGCAGGAGUCCACGUCCCGUUCGAACUACGGUGCAGGCAGUGCUUCCCAUCGUGGACGUCAUGGCUACAGCCAUUCCCCGCAGCGCCGUGAGUUUCAACUUCGCCGUCAAGGGAGCCGCUCUGGUCGACGUGAACCCUCUGGCAAUUAUCCGGACACGACAAGUGCGGGUAAUGAUCCUAGUACUUCUUCUGCCCAGGAGGAGACAACCACUAAUCCUACCGGACCCACCGUCCCAGCUAUUAACUUGUAUUCCACGCCAGAACCGCAGCAGCGCCGUAUUGCGGAUGACACGCCCAUCCGCCAGAUCGAUCUGACGACAACGCCGAGCGGUGCCGGGGCCACUUCCACCUCCGCGCGCACGACCCCUCAUGAGACCGCAACCGCAAGUUCGUCCUCCCGGGAAAGACGCUCGCAGCCUUCGUCAAGUAGUCGGCCGAGAUCGGGCAGUCGCGAGGCCGCCUAUGGUUUGUACGGCGGAAGUUCUUCCUCUAGGCGAGGACACCGCAAUGAGCGUUCCGCAGCAGCAGGAGCGGCGCCCGAGACUGGUGCAGAACCGGGUCAACAUCUUCCCGGAGGUGCUGCCGCUCCGCAGCGACCCGAGCAUGAGGAUCGUCGACCGGUGAGUUCCACAUCCCGUGAACACCGCCGUCGGCGAUCGGGCCCCUCAACGUGGCGUAACAGAAGUUCAGGAAAUCCCAGCGCCGGGCCAGUGUCGUCCGCGAUCAACUCUGUGCUCGGUGGCGGCCUUGGCCUCGCCGGUCCCAGUCUUCCGGCAUCCCGUUACCCGGCGCAUCCCGGUCCACAGAGCGAUGAACGCGCGAUGCGACGCGUGGCCAGUCAGCCACGAUUGCUGCAGCCGGCGGGCCCCGUGUCCUCCGCUCCGGCGCGCCGACGCAACGAUUCCAGUCGAGUCCGCGCCUUGCUCUUCAUGAACCCGGAACCCAUCAAUCUCCGAGCCGGAGGUCCUGGAGUUGUGGAUCAAGGUGGACCUGCAGCGGGUGCUGGUGCGAGUGGUAGUGGAGCGGCUGCUCCGGCUCCGGGAGGUGGAGCUCGGGUCUUUGUGGCUGAGCCCGAGGCAGAGCCCGAGGCAGCUGCACGUGGGCGUUUGGAUUUUCAUCAGCCGUUGCUUCCUGACUAUCCGGCAGGGUCCGCGUUGCCGGAACGACGUGCUCGCAGCAGCGGAGCCACCAUCACCCGCGGCGAUCGAGGACAGCGGAACGGUAGAAUGGUGCCUCAGCCCUUUUACUGAGCCGUGGUACGAGAAAAGCGGCCGUUCUUCUCCUGCUUUACAUCGGGAAGAUAAAAAGGAAAACUAACGGCAUACUAUGAGGAUUGACUACUUUAUGGUUCUGAUUUCAAGUUUUGGAAAUGCGAUUUUUUAUUGAUGUUUUUCCGUCUCCGAGGUAUCGCUUGCAUGAACAUUGCUUUAUUAGGCACUCGCUGUACUAUCGGUUAAGUUUUUUGAUGCUGAUUUAUCGGGAGCGAGAAAAAUUACAAAGCCUGCAGGAACCACCAAGCGAAUCGAACUUCACAGCGCUUCAUUCGCUACUGCAGCCUUCAGCACCUCCUGGGGCAAGAGGGUAAUAAAUUAAGUAAGUAAAAACAUUCCUACGGGUUUGAUGUGGACAUAGGGUCCUUGUAUUCUGAAUUAAGUGAAUUUGAACCUCAACGACUACGUGCAAACUCAAGAACCUCUGAAGUGUUUGACACCACUGUCAAGAGGGGCGCCCUCUUUAGCGGCUAAUUAAUUUCAACGUAGCUAGAAAAAUGACUGAAUUAAGAUUUUUGUUCUGUACGAUGAGUAAUUCGAUGUAGAAAUGCAGCUUCACCCUUUACUCUUACUCAUGCUACCAAAUUAAGCACUGUAUUGAACCUAAGUGAUUCCGCCAUUUUUUUUAUUCCUUUUCCAUUCUAGAAAGCACCUGCACCUCCUUGGCGAUUUACGCGAAACGGUCACGCAUUGGUUGUCGUCCUAGACAGCUGCAACUCGUCGCCUACAGUAUUGAUGAAAGUAGCCGAGGGUCUGGGAAGAAUAGAAUCAACACGAAUUUAUUUUCAUUUUUUUCAAGUAGAUUCCAUAUCCAUCGUGCUAACGUAACAUCAUUGUGGUAUUGAGUACAACGGGUGUCGUUUUAAGCCAUAGCUACACGACAUCCCAUCGUCUUUUCGCAUCUGAAGCAACCACACGACAUGCAUUCAUAGCACAAGGCAGCAGAAUUCGCUCAAGUCCCAUAGGCUCAUUUUAUUGCUUUCAUAUACUAGCGUAGGCUCAUGUCAACAUCAUAAUUUUCUCUUUCUUGCGUGACAAGCAUCGUGGCGUAAAUCUAGAAAAUAAGCAAAAUAC